CCCCCGCCGCCUCCCCGUAGGCUCCUGCGCGACCCCGGCGCAGCCAGCGGUCUAGCCUCGCGCCCCCCGUCCCGGGGGCUGGCAUGAGCAGCCCCUCGGCGGUGCCGGGGCUCGGGAGAGCCGCCGCCUGAGCCCCGGGCCUGCCUGCCGCCCACCCCGCGUCGCCCAGGGGAGGCUGACCGCGGAGCGUGCGAGCGACCCGGUCACGGCUUUCUUCCUCCCCCAGAUCACACACACAUCCCAGCCCCGGAAGAUGGGGAACUGCCUCAAAUCCCCAACCUCGGAUGACAUCUCCCUGCUUCACGAGUCUCAGUCCGACCGGGCUAGCUUUGGCGAAGGGACGGAGCCAGAUCAGGAGCCGCCGCCGCCAUAUCAGGAACAAGUUCCAGUUCCAGUCUAUCAUCCAACGCCCAGCCAGACUCGGCUAGCAACUCAGCUGACUGAAGAGGAACAGAUUAGAAUAGCUCAGAGAAUAGGCCUUAUACAGCAUCUGCCUAAAGGAGUCUAUGACCCUGGGAGAGAUGGGUCAGAAAAGAAGAUCCGAGAGUGUGUGAUCUGUAUGAUGGACUUUGUUUAUGGGGACCCAAUUCGAUUUCUGCCGUGCAUGCACAUCUAUCACCUGGACUGUAUAGAUGACUGGUUGAUGAGAUCCUUCACGUGCCCCUCCUGCAUGGAGCCAGUUGAUGCAGCACUGCUUUCAUCCUAUGAGACUAACUGAGCCAGGGUCUCUUGUCUGACUUCAAGUGAACCAUCAAUUUUGGUGGUUUUGAUCUUUUGUCAAUGAGCCCAAAGAGCCAGGGAUUAGGAAUUAAGAUCAUGCACAAAAGUUUCCUAAAAAUUCCUGGAUGGCUGCAGAUGUUGAGGAAAGUACGUGAUAUUUUAGAAACCCAGUGGGGAAAGUAAGAUGGUAUUUUUAUGUAAAACCUUGACCCAGUGUUUAAAAACAUAAUUGUAUUUAGAUCUUGUUAUUGCUCCAGUACAUAGGAAUUGUGUAAAGUGUUACAGCAGCUGUAUGUGUUUAAAUUGUGUGUGUUGAAGAUUAGGAAAAAGAUAGUUGUUAUUUUUCCUAAAUGAGAUAAGUUUCUCCCUUCCACCCAAAUUCUUUUCUGAAGUUACUGGCAUUUGGGUCAAGGUUUUAUUAAAAGCUACAUUUUAUAACACUGGCACAAAAAAAAAACGUAGUUUUAAGCUUGUUUGCACAGUUCUUUUUUUCCAUUGGAAAUGGAAUUCAUUGCCUUAGGUCUCUUUAAAUAGUGUAUUAUUAUCGUUGGGGCUGGCUCUGUGCUUGAAAACCAGUUUAUUUAUAACCUGUUGUAAGUGCUGUAUUCUGUUUGCAGUUAGGAAAUGCAGAAUUCAAAGUGAUCUCCUAGCUUGUAAGCAAACUGAGAUGCACUAUCCCUUUUCUAUUAAAAAUGAGUUGAUGUGUCAAGAAACCAACUCUAGCAAAGUGGGUUUAAUAUUAAACCUUUCCUGUGUGUCUUAUCUUAUUGUGUUGGUUAUUAUGAUGAUAAUUGAAAGUCAAGGUGAAAUUUAAAUAUUAAGAUUUCCGAUUUAUUGAGCUUGAAUUAUGCCACCGUGCUUCUAUAAAAAUGAAGGCGGCACCAGGGUGAAACUUAACAAGAAAUAGAUUCUCAGUUGUGACAAUUUUGAUUCUCUUUCCUGUGACCUCUUUCCAUGUUGUCUGGAACCAUAGCAAAAGGAUACUGCAUCUCUUGUUACUGUAGUGCUGAGGUUAUUGAAGUUACAUAAACACAUCUCAGUCUCUGUUUCUUAGAAAGAUAUCUGUUCAGUCCAGCUAGGUGACUGACAAAAAUAAAGGUAAAUGUGUUUCGUGUUUUGCACACAAAUGCAGCAGAAUUUGUAUAACCAUGCAACUCAUAAUUGUGAUCUCAAAAAAAGGAAUUUCUCCUUUACUUUUUCUUGCAAUUAAUGUAAGAACACUCUAAAUCUCUAAACUUCUGAAAUGUUAGAGGUAGAGAUGGUCUAGUAAAAAUGUAGUCAUGUUUUAUCCACUUAGCAUGUGUUUAUUUUUCCUUAUGUUCCCAAGGUGAUUUGUUUACUUUACUGAUAUCAUAGCUAAAAAUCAUUAGCAGUAGGAGAAGCUCUCUCCACCUAACAAAUCAGAAAUGGUUCUUACUUUAUAUUGAGUUGAACAUUUGACUCAACACUUUUCUACAUUCAAAACAAGUUUCUUGAAGGUUCUUCAUAAUUGCAUUAUAGAAGAAAUUACCAUAUCAUACUUAAUUUGACAUUCAACCUAAGUAUUCAUGUGUUGCUUAAUUUCCUGAUGAGCCCUAUAAAGGAAAGACUUAAAGAUGAAAUUGAAAAAAAAAUUGAAAUUAAGUUAUCAGGUUCUAUUAAAUUGUUAUGUAUACCUUGCUUAAUUUCUGUUCAUUAAUUUAUAUCCACCCAAUAAUACAAAGUAAAUUUGGAGGAAACAGCUGGCUAUGCAAUAUUUUCAGUGGUAAUUCUUUUUUUCCUUUGUUUUUUCUUCUGAAACGUGAUUUCUGUGUGAUCCAGUAUAGUCGAACUAUUUUUUAGAUUUUCAAAAUUAGUAAACUUUUUUCCUAGUCAUCUUUCAUGUUCCAGUUCAACUUUAGUACAAAAACUUUUUUCUCAGAAGUUUGAUAAUGUUGAAGGAACCAGUAUUGAACGUAAUGCUUUUGAGGAGUACUUUGUAUUCUCUAACUUUGUUCUGCACACACUGUAUUAAGAACCAUCAAUUUGGCUUCUACUAAAUUGUUAAAUAAAGAUAUAAUAUAGCUA